AAUAAAAAUUAAAAUAAAAAAAAAACCCAAAACCCAAAACAAAACAAAAAAAACCCCUCCUCAUGAUGGUUGGAAGCUCAGUUUCUAGAGGCAGCUAGCUGAUGAGUCUGACCACCACUUCCUCUCUGGGUGGUGCAUUGGGGGCCUUCCUGUUCUCUAGCAGACAAGAGAGGCUGCCCCAGACUCUCCCAGUUUUGGGGACUCAUCUCGCUCUCUUUCUCUCUCCCCCCACACCCCUACUCCCUCUUUCUUCCCGGUGGGCUGUGUGGUUGCAGGGCUCACAGUAUGAACUGAAAGACAACCCUGGGGUGCACCCUGCCACCUUCGCUGCCCACACGGCGCCAGCCUACUACCCCUAUGGCCAGUUCCAGUACGGGGAUCCCGGGCGGCCCAAGAACGCCACGCGCGAGAGCACCAGCACGCUCAAGGCCUGGCUCAACGAGCACCGCAAGAACCCGUACCCCACCAAGGGCGAGAAGAUCAUGCUGGCCAUCAUCACCAAGAUGACCCUCACGCAGGUCUCCACCUGGUUCGCCAACGCGCGCCGGCGCCUCAAGAAGGAGAAUAAGGUGACGUGGGGCGCGCGCAGCAAGGACCAGGAGGACGGAGCCCUCUUCGGAAGCGAUACAGAGGGCGACCCCGAGAAGGCUGAGGACGACGAGGAGAUCGACCUGGAGAGCAUUGACAUCGACAAAAUCGACGAGCAUGACGGCGACCAGAGCAACGAGGACGAAGAGGACAAGGCCGAGGCGGCACGAGCGCCGGCGGCACCUACAGCCCUUACUCGGGACCAGGGCUCGCCGCUGGCAGCCGCCGACGCGCUCAAGUCCCAGGACUCGCCCCUGGGCCUGGUCAAGGAAGUCCCGGAGCCCGGCAGCACGCGCCUACUGAGUCCUGGCGCCGCGUCGGGUGGCCUGCAGGGCGCGCCGCACAGCAAGCCCAAGAUCUGGUCCUUGGCCGAAACGGCCACGAGCCCCGACGGCGCGCCCAAGGCCUCGCCGCCGCCUCCCGCCAGCCAUCCCGGCGCGCAUGGGCCCCCUGCGGGCACGCCGCUGCAACACCCCGCCUUCCUGCCCAGCCACGGACUGUACACCUGCCACAUCGGCAAAUUCUCCAACUGGACCAACGGCGCAUUCCUCGCGCAGGGCUCCCUGCUCAACAUGCGCUCCUUCCUGGGCGUUGGCGCGCCCCACGCCGCGCCCCACGGCCCGCACCUGCCUGCGCCGCCGCCGCAGCCGCCAGUCCCCGUUGCCACGGGGGUUCUCCAUGGUGACAAGGCCUCUGCUCGAAGCAGCCCCGCUCUCCCAGAGAGAGACCUCGUCCCCAGGCCAGACUCGCCGGCACAGCAGUUAAAAUCGCCCUUCCAGCCUGUGCGCGACAACUCGCUGGCCCCGCAGGAGGGAGCGCCGCGGAUCCUAGCAGCCCUCCCGUCGGCCUGAUUCAGGGUCAUCUUUUACUUUUGCGGGGGGAGGGGGGAGGAAUUCGGGAGGGAGGGGAUGAGGGAGGAAUUAGGACAAAUAUUCAGACUGGUGUAAAGGACAAAUAUGGCCACGAAGUCAGUGACUCCCAUCCAUCGCUUUCUGCAGAAAGGGGCUGUCCCUGCCCGAGCUCGAGUCCAGGCAGCCUGGCCUCUGCCCAGGGCUCUGGUGGUUAUCACCAGCUCCGGUUGAUUAUCGGCUCGGCAAAUGCCCCACGUGCUUGUGUCUCUUUUUUUCUUCCUUCUUUCUGUAUAUAGAGUGAUUUCAGAUUGUAAAUAGCGCGUCAGCGAACUUGUCUAAAUCAUAUAUUUUUGUCUAAUAAACUAAAUGAAAUAAUGCCCACUGCUCCCGCUGCUGUGUGUGGCUGGGUGCCCGCAGGCGUGUCCGAAUCCUGCAAUGCUGGCAGGGCCAGGUGCCCCCGGCUUUGCGGAAGAGAGGUUCCUUGGGGAGUUUCCACUGCAGGGGAGGCCGGUGUUGCUCACAGUCUUUUGGUGGCUGGUGAAUUUGUUAAUAACACUAGGGCAGUUUCUUGUAGGCAGUUUAAUUCUUUCCAACCCUUACACAUUUAUCUGGGGGCACGCCUUUCUCAGGACAUAAAUGAGUUCGAUUUUCAGCAGUUUAUAAAACGAUUUCUUAAAGUGGACAACAACGGGGGGGAAAUGAAAAGAAUUUCCAAUUAUGUCCCCAAAGGAGAACUUAGGAUUUGAAAUGAAUUUAUAACUUGUCUCAACAGUGCAUCCUGACGUGGGGUCGUUUCGUGGGUAGAGUGAAGACAUAAUGGAGUAUGAAAUUUUGGCUUUGAAUGUAUUUUUUAGUUACUUGGUUAAAUCAAACGUGGAGAGAGGUUGGAAGGCUCUUUUAAACUGUCGUGAUGGGUGGACAGAGAUGCAGCCCUGGAGUUCUCUGGGCUUGUGAGGGUAGCCUUGCGGGGUGACAAAGAGGGGUGGAGACUUUGGUCUCCCAGGGACCCCCCCUUUAAACUCAUGAGCUCUGGACUGGGCACACUGAGAGAGCGGAGGAAAAAUAAACCUCUGAUGGCAGGGUCUGGGAGGUAUGGCUGGGAGCUAUGGUAGGACAAUGCAGGACGUAGCUGGCCUCCGAUGGGAUGCGCUUGGGUGGGAAAUGGCCCAGGACCCUGGGGAAUCACCGCGGUCUGGGUUUUGGGCCUCCGGGGCGGCGAUCAGAGCGGAGGCGCCCUAGCAGCCUGCAUUUCAAACAGGGCACAGAUGACUUUAUGCAGAAUUCCUGAAAACUGAGAAUACAAGCAUUAACAAAACCGCCAGUGAGGCUGUGAGCUGCAGGGGAACCUGCGCAGUGGGAAAGAACCUAGCCCUGAUACAGGACAGAACCUCCCCAACCCCCCACCCUGGCCAGAUAUUCAGCACCAGCUGUCUGGGGGCUGCCAGUAGCAGCGAGGGGCGCCUCAGCCAAAGGGGAAAGUCUGGGCGCCACUGUCUUUGCCCCUGGCUCCUCUUAGGUGGGGAAGGGGUGGCUAGCGCUGAGGACGUGGGGAUGCCACCCCACCGGGGACUGACUGCCCUUUUACGGACGCCUGCGUUGUUCU